CCACCAAGCACAUGAAAGGUUUGUAAGCAGAGCGCUGGCCAUGGCGCUUCCUGCCUGUUUGCUGCAGGGGCUGGCCGCUUUUGUUCUAGCUUUCCUGGCUGGAUAUGCAGAUGUCAUCACGUACAUGCGCUACGGCAGCUUCGCGGCCAGCAUGACGGGCAACGUGAUCUUCGCGGGGCGGCAGUUGGCCUCCUUGGCCUGGCAGGACUUCCUCUUUUACUUUGCCAUCAUGGUUGCGUGGAGCAGCGGAUCUUUUGUUUACCAUCAGAUUGAAAAGGUGUUUCCUCGUCGGGGUGCUUCCAGGGCGGCACUUCUGGUGGCGAUAUUCUCCACGGCCAUCGACAUCGCCUUCAACCUCUCAGCGCGUCCGGGGGACCCACGCAAUCGCUGGUGGAUUGUGGGUUUGGUGCCCAUCUUCGGUGUGGAAGAGGCCUUUGCACUCACUCAUCUCAAACUCCCAGCCACUGGCGUCUCGAAGCACCUGUACAACAUGUCCAAGUUGUGCGAGAUGUGUUGGAGCAAAGGCGGCGAGGAGGGCCAGCAGUGCAAAGAUGUGUAUUUGAGCGCUGUGAUGCUCAUCGGCCUCAUCACAGGUGCGGUGUUGGGCGAACGCUUGGCAGCUACCUUUGGUUUGGAGGUCAGAUGGUGCUUUCUGCCGGUCUCACCCUUGGUGAUGCUGGCAAUUUGGGUCCAUGAGCCUUGGAAUGCCUUGGCAUGGGUAAUAGCACGUCGAACCUUUGAAGCUUGGUGGUAGCUCUUUUUACGGCUGGCCUGCUUUGCCGCCUCUCACGGUGUGAGGAGUGCCUCCACUGGAAGACCUGUGAAGACCCAGUUAACAUGGAGCCAAUGGACAGUGAGGCAGAUGAUGAUGCAGAUUCCUCCUGACUCACUACGACCGCGUCCCCUUCGCUGGUGGCCAGUGCCUCUGACCAGACGUUGCCGUGCGCAGCUACAGUGGACCUCCAACUACAGCGUCCGUUGGGCACCACCGUCCGUUGCGGCCACCAAUGGGUGCUCCGGAGCGCACCGACGUUCGGCACCCGUCGGCAGCGGUCGGCGAGAAAUCCCUCAAAGCUUGCCAGGUCGGAGGCAAAACGUUGAGAAACGUGGCAAACGGCAGGUGCGUGGAUCGACGUCGUACCUCGUGUGGAAGGUCAGAUGAGCCGUCGGAGCCAGCGGAUCUCAGCGUUGUGGGCUGAAGAAAAGGGCCGA